CAAUUAAAAUCAGCAUAAAUUACAUAAUAACUGUGGCCACUUUUAGCGAUGUUUUCAUUUUGCUGAAAUAAUUAGUAAUACACCGGUUGUGAUACGUACUAUGUAGCUAAAAAGUAAAAAUCUAAAAAAUCAGAACCAAAAUCAGCUGUUCAGGACAGCGAUAAUAUGGCACCGCCCUUCCGUCCAUAUAAUUGCCGUCCACGGGGGUUGUCGUCCACUCAGCAAGCAUAAUAUAUUUUCGCUGUUCUGCUCUGCUGUUGGUGUAUGCAGUUGACACUUGAUCAGAUUUUGCACGUUUUGACAGUAAACUGCAGUUUAUUAUUUUGAUAAUACAGAGUACUCAGCUGUUUUAUGAUUUAAUUGUGUUGAUAUUAUACAAAAGUUUUGGGGCGAGUACUCAGAGGAAAAUGGCUCUUUCGGAGGAAGAGGUUAAAAAAGCUGUUGCUUCCCGCGAUCCGGCUACCAACGACUUUAUUAUGCAGCAAACCAUGUACCGCAUUAAAGACCCGAAGGUUUCACUGGAUUUUUAUUCCCGAAUUCUGGGAAUGAGGCUUCUCAAAGCAAUGAGCAUCGAUUCCAUGAAAUUCACCGUCUAUUUCAUGGGCUACGAGGAUGACGCUGAUAUUCCCAAAGACGAAACAGCCCGUGCGGAGUGGGCGCUUUCGCGUAAAGCAACCAUCGAACUGACUCAUAACUGGGGAACGGAGAACGAUCCCGAAUUUAAAUACCAUAAUGGCAAUCAAGAUCCGCGUGGAUUUGGACAUAUUGGCAUAAUGGUACCCGAUGUGGAAGCUGCUUGCGGACGCUUUGAGAAGCUGGGCGUCAAGUUUGUGAAAAAGCCAAACGACGGGAAGAUGAAGAAUUUGGCUUUCAUCCAAGAUCCCGAUGGUUACUGGAUCGAAAUCUUUAACAAUAAGAAGAUUGUUCUGCCAUCAUAAAUCCUUGGGCUUUCGAUUAUUCGAUCAUGUGCUGAUUGGGUUUUUUUGCUUAUCUACGGUGAAAUGUUUAUAAAAAAUGUCAGUUGAUGGACAUAUUUAUGCUUUCCGAUUGAUUUUCGAUUUUUGUUUGACUCCCGGUAAAAUAUCAUAGAAAUACGUUUGGUUCGUUUUUACUGCUCAUUAAUGAAGACAUUGCCGUUCUUUUAAAAUCGUGAUUGUGUUUAAUAGAUUUGUGGUGAUUUGUGGAAUAAACCGGUUUGACACGG